AUGGUCGAGAUCAUCAAGAGGCCCGAAGACAGCCGUCGCAGCCGAGGAUACUUCAACUCUGCAGUGGCGAGGAUGCGACAGUCGAGAACGCUUUCAACAAUCACCGGCUCCCGCAUCUCCCAGUCACUUCACCGCAACUCGUCACACUGGAGGAGUCCUCGGAGCGACAGGAGUGUGCCUACCUCGCCCUCAUUUGGGUCGUCAUGGCUCACCGAGGGUGUUUACUUCCAACCACAACACGCGCACCAAGGAUCAACAAGCACAUAUGACGGUCCGAGCGAUGUCCUUUCUGGUUCCUCCGGCUUCCUCCAGGGUGAGCGAGACGACUCUUUCCGCAGCGCCCUGGACGUCACCAUCCCUUCGAUGCAUGACGAAGCCGAGGCGGACAUUCUCCUUGCUAAGUUCUAG